GUAAACACUUUUAGCGGAAGACAGAAAUGUCAAAAGAAGAAAUUUUGUUAAUCGAUAUCAUUAUCACGAUGGUUCGCCUUAGACUUGGUAUGCGAAUGAAAAGGAAAUCACACAGUUAAACACUAUUUUUUAAACAUUGUUUAAAAACUAUGUGUUGACAAUAUACGUUUCAGAAGUUUAGUCACUGCCCAUUUCACAUUUUGACAGAUCAGUAUCAUCAGAAAGUGUUGAGCUCCAGGGUAUUACGGAUCUACUGCGCUAAGAUAUGAAACUAAAUAGCUUUACAAAUAUUUUUAACGGGAUUUAAUAACUUAUGCAAUGGAAAGGUGUGGAGCUGACAAUUAUUAUGCUGGAUGACAAGGUGUUCUAUAUUGCAAACAAGUGGCCUGGUUGAUGAUGAACAGAGGUCAUUCCCAUCAAUUUAUAUAUGCGACAAAUAGUAUUAUUGUUGCGAUCGUUUCUCAGAAAGAAACUUCUGAUCAAUAACCUUUUUCACACCAGGAAUAUGUAAGCAAAUGUUGUGAUGCUUUCUAACUUUGAGUACAUUAUUGAUUUCACGUAACUGGAUGUAGUUAUAUAUAAAUAUGCAUCCACUUGUGUGUAUGCUUAGAUUUCAUGGAUUUCUUUAAGAGUUAUUUGUGGAAAAUUUGCAUGAUCCAAUAUUGGUGUUCCGCCUUCUCUCUGUGCUAGGGAGCAAAUUAUAUCGGAGCAUAAUGCAGAAUGAUUCAUCUCGGGCUCCACUGGCAUCCUUUGAUACAGUUGACCUUGGAGAGGAAGAGCGGACUUCAAGAGGUGUUUUCCAGCCUGCAGCAGAAAAACCUAAAACAAACAGCAAGCAUGGGAUGGACAAAUCCAUCAAAAAGCACCAGACAGCCACGGAAGAAACUGUGUUUGAUGAAUGUGAUUCUAAGUUGCGAAAGAAAAUUGGAAGAUUUUUAAGUGCCAAAACGUACAAAAAAAUAUCAGAGACUAAAGGGGAGGAGAAGUGUUAUGAAGGUGAGAAAGAUAUUGCUUCGAUUGAUAAUAGUGUAGAUGAGGCUUCUCCCCCUGGAAACAGUUCAGAUUCGGAUUCUGAUAGUUCUGAUUCAGAUAGUGGAUAUUUACGUUCAGGAUAUGUGAAGGUAGAAAACAGGCAGUCAGGGGAUUCCAAUUCGGGAAUUCAUGUUGAAACGUCCUACUUCAAGCAUAUUUCUGAUUCCAUUCACUCUAAUGACAGUUCAUGUGAGCCCACCCCUACAUCCUCGCCAAUUUUACCUAGAGUUUCUAUUUCAACACUGCUGGGAGAACUGCAGAAUGAGAAAAUUCAAUCCAAACGAAAAGCUUUAGAGAAAAAGAUCCAGCGAUUACAAGUGACCAACACACCUGUGGAGAGACCCAGAAGUACUACUCCAAUAAAUAUUCAUACAUUUGAUGAAUAUGUUAAAGAAUUUGAUUCCCCGGAAAAAAGGUCCUUAUCAGAAAGUGGAGAAAAAUUGCAGAUAAAGCUCCCAGGAGAGGAAUUUAGCCAUAAGUAUAAAAGUCCAAGGAGACAUAAGUCUAGUCAAAAGGAGAACUUAUGUGUGUUUAACUUUAAUGAGGAUCAGUUAUUUUCUAGGACAAAGUCUGCUGUAGUGGUGCAGGAUGAUGGAGUAAGUCCUACCCCUUCCCCAAGGAGGGUACUUCUCCCUCCCUCCCUCACUCCUACAACAAGUCCGGUACUUACAAGAGGCUGUGUUCAGAAAGGUUCAGAACUAAUAAGCAACUCUGCCAUAAUCAGUGAAAAUAAAUCUUCAGAUUGGGUGGCGUUCGAUCAAGCCAAAACCUCUUCUGAGACAAAUGACACUUGGUUUAAGCAAGACUUAGUUAAUGCUCAACUUGUUGGAGAUCAGCCGGCAAUUUCUAGCUCUGCCUCAUUUAGUGCUUUAUUUGGGGACAAACCUUGUAAUAAUGAUGACGAGGACGUACUGACUGUGAAUAUUGAGGAAGUUGACGGCAGGAAAGUAGUUGAUAUUAGAUGCCAGCAGCAGCAGCAGACAAAUGAACAGCUAGACAAUAAAGACAGCCAAGCCUUAACAAACCAUAAAUACCAAAGUUCCACUGAACCAAAGACCAAUCUAGACAGCACAGAUUCAUCAGAAGCAAAAACUAUACAGGUAUACUGUUGA